GUGUUGUUUCAGACCUGUCUCAGAUCAAGGAUUUAGCUUCGUGUGUCUCUCUCAUCUGUUAGUAAGUGUGUGUAAAUAUAUGUGUUUGUGUCUGGAUGUUUGUGUGUUUGUGUGUGUACAUGUGUGUGUGUGUGUGUGUGUGUGUGUGUGUGUGUGUGUGUGUGUGUGUGUGUGUGUGUGUGUGUGUGUGUGUGUGUGUGUGUGUGUGUGUGCGUGUGUGUGUGUGUGUGAGUGUGUGUUAAUAUGUGUUCAAGUGUGUGUGUAUCUGUUAGUAAGUGUUCUUAUUUGUGUGUCUGUUCCUGAGUUUGUAUUAAGAGUGUGUUUGUGUGUGUGUGUGUGUGUGUGUGUGUGUGUGUGUGUGUGUGUGUGUGUGUGUGUGUGCGUGUGUGUGUGUGUGUGUGUGUGGGUGUGUGUGUGUGUGUGUGUGUGUUCUUCAGCUCAACAGGGUUUGUUUGAUGCUCCAACUGCUGUAGAAUUCUGUUGUCAUGGAGACGUACUGGAGGGAGGUGCAGAACAUAAAGGAUGAAGAGGAAGAGAGGGAGGAAGAGGAGGAAGAGACAUGUCUGGACGAGGCGGAGCUAGAGGAGGCGUGGCUAUCAGAGGCGGGGCUGUCGUCCCUGGUUACGGGUUCAGCUACAGAGGACGGGCCUGCGGACGCACUGCUGUCCACGUUGACCCGGCAACAGGUUGCCACGGUGACGGAGAGGCUGGAGAAUUACAAGCAGACGCUGAGGAAGACGAACAGACCGGCGCCCACACCGUCCAGGACAUCUUCACCACGAGGCGGAGCUAGAGGAGGCGUGGCUAUCAGAGGCGGGGCUGUCGUCCCUGGUUACGGGUUCAGCUACAGAGGACGGCCUGCGGACGCACUGCUGUCCACGUUGACCCGGCAACAGGUUGCCACGGUGACGGAGAGGCUGGAGAAUUACAAGCAGACGCUGAGGAAGACGAACAGACCGGCGCCCACACACGUCCAGGACAUCUUCACCACGACAUACACACAGACACUACAACACACACACAGUCCCCCUGCGCACACAGACAUUUCAACACACACACAUACAGACACAAAAACACCAGCCCCCCUACCUACACACACAGCCAACAGCCACCUAGACACGAAGCAGACAGUGGAAGCUGAUUGGCUGGUGUCUGAGCUGCCCUACUCAGAGGGCGUGUCUAACCACAAAAGGGGCGUUGCCUCCCAACAUCUCCACGGAAACACUGACCUUCUCGUCAUCCAGCUGCCCAGCUCCAGGGGGGUCCUGGUGCGAGUGGAGGACCUGUCCCCAGCAGACGUCACCCAGCUGGGCUUCAUCGCCCUCAUAGAGCUCUCUACCUUCCUGAGCUCCCUGGGGGUCCGGACCCCCAAGACCAAGACCCACCGACACAGAGCGCCAGGCAAGGACAGCGGUGUGUUUGGAGUUCCGUUGUCAUCUCUGUUGGAGAGAGACAGGAAGCUGUACUCAGGAGAGACAGUUCCUGCGGUCUUUAGAAAGCUGCUGUGUAUUCUAGAGCAGACCGGUCUGGACACGGAGGGGAUUCUGAGAGUCCCGGGGUCCGCUGCUAGACUGAAGUUUCUGCGCAGGGAGCUGAACAAGAAGUUCUCAGCGGGGCAGUUUGAUUGGUCGACGGUGAGGCCGCAGGAAGCUUCCGGGCUGAUGAAGAUGUUCCUCAGAGACCUCCCCUCCCCCCUCCUCACCUCCAUGCACCUCCCGGCCUACACCGCCCUGCUGGGUAUACCCUCUCAGGUGCACCAGGUUCAAGCUCUCCAUCUUCUCACUCUGCUGCUACCUGAAGCUAACAGACACCUGCUGAAGGUGCUGCUGUCCUUCCUCGGUGAGGUCGUGUCCCACCAGGACAGGAACAGGAUGUCCCUGUGGAACGUUUCCAUGGUGAUAGCCCCCAACCUCUUCCCCAGCCGCCACGGAAACAAGCGCUGCGUCGCCCGGCAACAGCAGGAGAUGGAGGAGGCUGUGGGCGCCGCUCACCUGGUCCAGCUGCUGGUCGCCCACCGAGACCUGCUGUGGACGGUACCGUGCUUCCUGCUGGCCCAGGUGAGACGGGUGAACCAGGUGACCCGCCACAAGAAAGGUCUGAAGAAGAGACAGGACAAGAACUACAAGAACCAGGUGCCCAGUCUGUGGGAGGGGGUGAUCCGAGUUCAUGCCCCCCUACAUUCCAAGGUUUCCAUGGCGAUACAACUGGAUGGACACACCAGGGCCAAGGACGUCAUCGCCCGCUUCCAAUACGAGAACAGGGCGGGCUAUGAGGACGUCAAUUGUUUGUUCGAAGUUGGAGGGAACAUUGGAGAGAGGUGUCUCCACCCAGACACUGUGCUGAUGGACGUCCACCUGGUGAACCCUUCCUGUAGCUGGCUGCUAAAACCUCGACCACAGGCCUCCCACCACUGGGCCUAAUGCUACCGCUGCUAGCAUUAUUACUACCACUGCUACUAGUAUUAUUACUACUACUGCUACUAGUAUUACUGUACUAGUGUUACCACUGGGCCUUAUGGGGUCAUCCCUAUGUUCCCCGGGUCCUAUGUUCCCCGGGUUCUAUGUUCCCCGCUCAGGGAACAUAGGACCCUUUUUUUUUUAAAAAGGUCCUAUGUUCCCCGUUUUUCCCAAAAAGGGUCCUAUGUUCCCCUGUAGCCAUACAUACCUGGGAGCCAUAGGACCCUUUUCUGGGAAAAGGGUCCUAAGUUCCCCGCAAUCUAUCAAUCUUUAAAAAUAUUUAAACGUUGACGCGACAUUCGCGUGAUGACAGCCAAUCGGCGUUCAAAAGCGUGGCCACUGAGUGACAUGUGUAACGUAACAGCCAAUCAGCGUUCAACCGGCCAACUCAGUGCAGUGCAGUCCGGGGUGAACUGCAGCAUGGAGGAGAAAUUGAUUGUUGCCGCUUGCAACUUCCGGAGCUCUUUAUAUGAUAGUAUAUAAUAUAAUAUAAUUGUAUAAUAAUAUCACGGCCAAAAGCUCUGCGCCUCUGGAUGGCCGUAGUGCGGGGAGCUCUCGUAGGGAUUGGGCUUCUCGGGUUUUGUUUACCGGCGUCAUUGUUGUUGGUAGGCAUGGGCUGGCGUUUGCUAGUCGAGUGUUUGGCACUGCGACUACGAAGCUAAAAAUGCAAGAACGGUACAAUGGUCACCAGCUGCAGUUUACCUGUAGGCUGCUCAAAGAGUGACGUCAGGUUCUCCGACCUCUCUCCCUCUUCCACAAAAGGUAAAGACAUGCAAUGGUAGUUAUCUCGGCCGGAAUUUGGCAGUAAUGGGGUAAAAAGUAACAGACCGGGGAACAUAGAACCCUUUUUUUUAAAAA